AUGAGUGCGGUCACCGAAAAGCCUUCAAUUGGAGGUGCAGCGGAGAAGAAUAAUCCAGCCUCAGUAUCUCCUGCCACGAGCGAUCGUGAACAUGGGCAGAUCGUUGAUGCCGACGAGGAUCUUCUCGGACAAAUUGGAUAUGCUCAGGAGUUCCGGCGGGAGUUUACCAGAUUUUCAACCUUGUCCUAUGCCAUCUCGAUCAUGGGAGUCCUGGGAUCGGUCUCGGCUACUUGGUCAACUCCACUGGCUGCUGGAGGACCUGCGACUGCAGUAUGGUGUUGGUUCUCAGGGUCCUUCUUCUCUCUUUGCAUCGCUCUUUCGAUUGCUGAGCUCGUCUCUGCUUUCCCUACUUCAGGAGGAAUGUACUUCGUGACCAAGCACGUCUUCCCCGAAGAGAUUGUUCCCGUCGCAGCUUGGGUGAUAGGGUGGUCGAAUCUGUUAGGCCAGACUGCUGGCGCUGCGAGUGUCGGAUACUCAGUCGGACAGAUGUUCUUGGCAAUGAUAGCCAUGGGCACUGUGAAAGAAGAUGGAAGUCUUGGUUACACACCAACAUCACAGCACAUCGUCGCUGCGUCUAUCGUUGUCCUCAUAAUCACUGGAGUAGUCUGCUCGUUUUCGACCAAGAUCUUGAACAAUUCCAUUCGCUGGUUCGCUCCUGUCAACAUUGCCGCUUCCAUCGCGAUUACAAUCGCAUUGCUGGUUUUGACGCCGAACAAACUUCCAGCCAGUGAUGUUUUCUCCAAUGUCACGGAUGGGUCUGGAUGGAACAGCAAGGGUUUUUCGUUCUUCCUCGGAUACCUCAGUGUUGCGUGGACAAUGACAGACUACGAUGCGACAGCUCACUUGUCCGAAGAAUUGCACAACGCAGCGAUUAGUGGUCCUGUGGCUAUCUUCCAGGCUGUCUUGGUGACUUGGGUCUUCGGGGUUAUGCUGAACAUUGCUUUCGGCUUCUGUGCUGGUGAUGUUGCGGCUACACUGAGCUCGUCACUGGGUAAUCCAGCUGCCCAGGUCUUCCUCAACGCAGCAGGCAAGAAGGCUGGUAUCGCAAUGUGGUUUUGGGUUGUCCUGAUCCAGUUCUUCACAGGAAUUACCGCUAUGCUCGCAGACACCCGCACAUUCUUUGCUCUUUCUCGUGACAACAUGUUCCCGUUCUCAAGCACCUUCCGCAAAAUGAACAAGACCACACAGACUCCUUUGUACAGCGUGUGGGCUAUUGUCGCCUUGUGUUGUCUGCUCAACCUCAUUGCACUUGGAAGCACUCAGACCAUCAACGGCAUCUUCGGGGUCACCGCGCCUGCCAUGGACUGCUCCUAUGUCGCCGUCAUUGCCGCUCGGAUGUAUUACGCCAAAAGUCACCCGAUCAAGCCCGGCCCAUUCCGGCUAGGACGCCUUCAGAAGCCAAUCAAUAUCAUCGCCAUCGCCUGGGUCUGCUUCAUCUCAGUUGUACUGUUCUUCCCACCUGUCAGCCCAGUCACUGCCACGAACAUGAACUAUGCAGUGGCUAUUGCGGGAUUCAUCGUCAUCUUUGCGCUUUCUUGGUGGUACAUGAGCGCCAAAAAGUAUGCUUCUUCUUCCUGA